CGUAUAUGUUUUGUAUAAGAUGGCAGCCGCCGUAGUAAGCAACGAGGGCUUAUCGGAAAGCCAGGUGAAGAAAGCAGUCGAAGCGUUGUUAAAAUUUCUCAACGGUAAAUCAACCGAUUCAACGGAGGGUCAACAAAACGUGCUACUCAACACGUUUACGCCGAUCCAGCUGCAGUUUGUUCUUAAGAAGAUACCGACAGCAAUUAAACACAAAUGCAUCAAAAUGAAAAUACCGCAUCCACUGUACACCGAUCAAACUGGUGUUUGUUUAAUAGUAUCGGACAAGGAACGUAACAAAAACGACGAUCAUGAGGAAUUUUCACAGCAAUAUAAGGACAAGCUAGUGGCUGGUGGUGUCGAGCAUGUGACAGAGGUGAUUCCAUUUAAGCAGCUGCUGACAGAGUUUAGGACGUUUGAGUCGCGGAGGAAGCUGUGUCACUCAUUUGAUGUCUUCCUCGCUGAUCGUAAGCUCAUCAGCCAGCUACCUCACAAUCUCGGCAAGGAGUUCUUUAACACAAAGAAAAUGCCACAUCCAGUCAAUCUGGACGUGGCCAACUUUAAGGGCGAAAUCUACAAGGCUCUCAAUAAGACCUAUUGCACCAUGUCAGGCAGUGGUUCCUGCAGCACGUUUGUUGUCGGGCACUGCGGACAGAGCGUGACGGAUGUUGUGGAGAAUGUGGUAGCGUGCGUGGAGAAGUUACGUAUCGUCGUGCCCGGCGGCUGGUCGAACGUACGCUCGAUGAACAUCAAGACCCACAAGUCUCCUGCUCUACCGUUCUACUGUUCCAUGGCUUCGGCUGAUGAUGUGACAUUAGACAUGGAGAUUGAAGCCUUAUCUGAGGAUGAGCCAGAAGAUGUCACCACCAUCACAUGGGGAAAGGUUCAGGUUAGCAAAGAUGGAAUUGUAAAAGUUAUGACAAAGGCAAAGUUGCCUCCGAAAGGAUUUAAAUCUGCUGAUGAUUCAAAAAAGAAAAAGAGAGGAAAGAGGAUGCAGAAGAAGACAGAGAAGUUACGACAGCCGCAGGAGAGAAGCCCGUCUGAGGAGAAGCUGACGCAGAAGUUGCCAGUGAAGAGAAAAUCGGAGGAAGAAGACACUAAUGACCAUGCAAUGACAAAGAGCCAAAAGGUAGCUAAGCCUGUGAGCGUGGCAGUGAAACAUUCCGACAAGAAGACGAGAAGGACUCCGGUUAAGGAAAGCCAGAAAUCAAAUGUUGACCUGGAAACUGCUGUAGCUGCUCCAGAGCAGAUACCAGUGGCAGCAGGAAAGAAGGAUGCCCACAUGCUUAAGAAUCAAGAAGCUGAAGAUGACACUGUGCACCGAGAAAGUGACAAAACAGAGAAGCAUGAGAAGUCUGAUGAAGCUGUGGAUGUCAUGGUAGAGCAUUCUGGCAAGAAGAAGAAGCAAAUGACUCCAGCUAGAGGGGCCGGUAACAUGACAGCAAAACCGAGUGGUAUACUAGUUGAGAAGGUAUUGCCGACAGGGGAAAAUGAGGGAGUCAAAACGCCUAAACAUAAGGGAACAGGAAACGACAGCGCGCAUACACAAAAAUCUCCAGCGGAAAGGGAAAGGAAGUUGUCCCCGAAAAUCGGGGGAACGCCAGAAGCAAAGACAUUAGUGAAAGCAGAGGGGUCGGAACUCCAAAUGCCUAAGCGCAAGGAAGAUAAAAAGAACAGUUCUCCCACAUGCCCAGCGACUGAGGAAACAAAGAAGCAUCGCAAAUCUUCCGCGUCUGCAGAAGGUGACCGGAAGCAGCCACAGGCGCCGUCUACCAAGAAAAUCACCAAGUUUAGUCCCAGGGUGACGAGGAGCUCUGCCCAGACUUCCGUCGCUGCGGUUGCAGAAAGUGCCACAGAAACGCCAAGAGCAGUCAAAGCGCGUGCCGCAAAGUCAACAAGCUUUGAGAAGCCAACAUCGACGCCACAACACAAUGAGGGCGGCAAGACGAAAACACCUAGGACCUCCCUGAAAGCAGCAAGGCCUCAGAGGAAAGGUAUGACACUGAGACGCAAGUCUGUCAUCUGAAUACAGCCGGCAGUGAUGCUAGCUUGAAAGCUGUGACUGUUGGUUGGCGUAAGAAGAAGUAAGAGGGAAGAGAAUUAAUGUAUUGAAUUAAUUUUUGCGCCAAUGUCUUGCUCAAUGCAAAUUUUCUGACAAACUAUAAAUAACUGUUCAGCUACAGUCUGCAGUACAAUUUUACGGGGGUGGAAUGUAGUUGAAUACACCAGUUUGGUAUGACAUUUCUGGUUAUGAUAAUGCAACAAUAUAAACCAGUUUUAUUAUUCAACAUA